UUGACGCGGGAGCAUCUCUUUUCGAAAGUGCGCUCUCUCCUGCAUCACCCACUCCUGGGUAUGCUGUUUUUAGUCAAUCAUCAUCAUCCGACGGAAUACCGUGUAGUAGCGGUAUAGCAGUGGUGUUAGGGUAACCGAACGUGAUUGAACAUUUCAACUGGUUAGGUUCUUUGUAUAUGUUGAUUGACAGAAAUUCGAGCUGCAGAACUGGAGUGAUCCCGAUUCGAUACAUUCGUAAUAAAGUUUCGUUGAAUUAUCUAAUAAGAGUGAUGAUAAUUAGUUGUUUAUAUCUUCAUUACGUAUUUGCCUGAUUCAGGAAGGGAUUCUGUUCUGUCAAUGCAGAAUCGUGAGGAUUGGGGAAAAUGUUUUUCCCCGAAAUAUUCAAUUACAAUUGGUUAUUCGAAUAUCAAAAGUCUCGUGUUGAAUUGUAAUUACUCUGGAUAGAACACAUGGGUGAAAAAGUGUUUGUGUAAUUGUGACAGCUGAGAAUAUCUACGAUUAAAAUUUACCGUAAGCAGUGAAUGACAUCAUGUUGAGUAUUUUGAAGAGCUCAUAAAAUACACAGAACGUCAGCUGUAUGAUGCUAUGAUUGAAAAUGGAAGACGUUCCCAGAAAAUUCUUUUACGAACACUGGAAACUUCAAGUGGAGGCCACAUACAUCUGCCGAAAAUGCGAGUGAGAUAAUAUCUGAGAAUGUAAGAGUUAUCGCUAAGAACAAGCGAUGUCUACCUCUCUUCCCACGCUCGUCUACUUUAUCAUUUAUUUCGAGUGAUGUUCAAUUGGGAGAAUCCCAUCAAUUUGAUGUUGAAGUGGGAGAUAGGAUUCUUAAAUCAGAAUCUUUAUUAAUCUUCUUAUGCUGAAGAGCCAGGAAUCGCCACAAGAAGCACGGGAAAAAGUACCGCGCACUCUUACGGAGGAACGGUGAAAUGGAGGGAAUUUUAUUAGCAUUGGAGGCUUAAGAGAAGGAAUGGCAAGAGUCAUUUAUUGGCGACGGAACGAAUUCAGUGGCUUUUCAUACACGAUGAAGGAUAUCGAAAUGUAGACAAAAUGAUUAACUCAAUCAAUUUUUCCCCAUACUACUAGGUGGAGCUGUAACCUGUCUACGUAAUUUUCGCACGGAUUUUUUAGAAGAAUGGCCAACACCUGGUACUGGGCCACACUUCGAUACUUCGAUGCCCUCAAAUUUCACUGGCCUCGUUGGUAACACUGUUGACCUCGUUUGCAAAGUCAAGAAUCUCGGUAAUCGUACGGUAUCUUGGGUGAGACAUCGGGAUAUACACUUGUUGACAGUUGGUCGUUAUACUUACACCAGUGAUCAACGCUUCGAGGCCCAACAUUUUCCACACACGGAGGAGUGGACUCUGAGAAUUCGUUAUCCACAACGCAAGGACUCGGGUUUUUACGAGUGCCAAAUAUCAACAACACCCCCCAUUGGGCAUCCAGUUUUUCUGACUGUAGUUGAGCCCGUGACCAUUAUAGUAGGAGAACCCGAUCUUUUUGUGAAUAAAGGCAGCACUAUCAACCUGACCUGCCUCGUCAAAUACGCCCCAGAUCCACCCCCAACGAUGAUUUGGCGUCACAAUAGCGAGGAUAUCAAUUUUGACUCACCCCGUGGAGGUAUCAGUCUGGUGACUGAAAAGGGUCGUGAAACAUCAAGUCGAUUGAUGAUACAGAAUGCGGUGCCAAGUGACUCUGGACUCUACACCUGCAAGCCAAGUAAUGCAAAUCCCAACAGUAUAAGAGUUCACGUUGUCAAAGAGGAGCAUCCAGCUGCAAUGCAUCAUGGAGCCAGUGCGAAUUUACACACCGACUUGAGAUUUCUUUUGUUCUUAACUACGAUAGCAACUAAGAUUCUAUUUAUAUGAGAUCCAUUACCUGCAUAAAUCUGAAUUACCGGUGAGGUUGAAGUUCAGUCGGUCGUAAAUAUUUCUGGCUUUGAAGAGUAUGAAAAGAAGGAAAAUCAAGACGAGGAGAAUAAUCUUUUCAGCAGGGUAAAAUCUACUAUUACCAUUUCUAUUGUACUAUUGUGACCAAGAGAAAUUGUUUCUUUACGUAUUAAAUACACGGCACAAUGAUUUAUAAAGAUGUAGUAUUUUGUUAAAGUCCAAGUUUCAAAUCUAAGGAUUAAAAAAUGUCAUAAAAUCAUCAUCGAGGAUACAAUUACCGAAUAAUUGUAAA